AACAUAAUUUCGCGGCCCAUUAUUUAUUAUAUCCUAAUUUCCAUCAUCGGGUUCCCGAGAGCUCAGAGAAUCCGGCAACGAAAUUUGUUCUGGUCCGACUUCAUAGCAGCCGCUACACGCUGUGUUACAUUAAGCAUGCUGUACUAAAGUAAGAGUUCGCUGAAAGGCGUGGUGGCAUCUUCAAAAGGAACGCGGAACUCGCAAGCCUUGGCAGCUACGCUGCUGCCAGUUGCGAUGGUACCGUUGGAUACAGACGUGCAACUGGCGAGUCCAAAUGCAGCUGUGCCAGCUGCGUCCGCCGUGGGGAAGGAAUCCUUCAAGCUGGUUCUUGGGCACCUGGCGUCCUUAUGCCGCAUGGGCAGCUUCUCUUACUCGUCCGCAGCGUCAUCUCCCAAAGAGAGCGGGCCGUCGAUCAGUCGGUCCGCGAGCAUGUUAUCUGACGACUACCUGCCGCCAGAAGAGCCCGAAUGGAUACGAAUGGCGGCAAAGGCCUACGGCAACAACCAACACCCCGCCGCCGCCGCCGGCCCCGCCGCCGCCGCAGUCCGCGGCGGCGGCGCCGCCUCUCGCUCCCGGCCCGCCAGCCGCCGCAACAGCGCUCUUAUUCCCGGCACACCCGGCACACCCAAGGGGGGCGCCGGCGGGGGCCCGGCCGGUGCCUCAGGCCCCAGCCCCUCGCCGCUGCGACACUGCGUCAGCGGCGCCCCGCUCACGCCCGCCGCCGCCGCCGCACUGGCGGCGGUCACCGACGGUUAUAACGCCUUUGGUUACGUGCUAGGUGGUGGUGGCGGCGGGGGAGGAGGAGUCAGUGGCUUGGCUGCGGGAGGGCUGUCAGACGUGGCGGGCGUGGCCGGCAGCGGGCACGCGGGCGGUGGCGGUGGUGCAGCAGCAGCGGCGACGCGGCGGCAAGGGGAUCCGGGGGCGGGCGCAGGUGCGGGGUCUGGGCCGGACAGCGGCAGCAGCCCCCCUGCGCCGUCGCCCUCACCGCCGUCGCCCUUCCUGCUGCGGGCGGGCGCGCAGACGGAGGAGCUGUACGACCGGUUCGGCUCGUUUGAGGGCCUGUCGGCGGCUGUUGACGACUUCUACCACCGCCUGUGCGGAGACCCAUGCAUCGGGGGCGCGGUGCGGGAGGUGCCGGAGCAGGACGUGCGGGUGCUCAUGCUACAGCUCAUGGCGCUCACGCUGCAGGUGCAUGACGAGGGGGAGGCGGCGGCGGCAGCUGUGGCGAGCGCGGCGGCGGUGGCGAACGUGGCGAACGUGGCGGGGCAGGGCGUUGGAGGGCUUGCGGGCGAGGGCGCGGGGUUGCGGAGUGGGGCGGCGCUGCAUCAGCAGCAGCACGCGGAGAGCGACCGGAGGGCGUGGCUGCAGCGGUGCCAGUCGCUGCUGCUGCAGGCGGGAGCAACCACCGGGCUGCAGCCGGCGGGCGCAGCCGCCGCCGCCGCGGCCGCUACUGCUGCCACGGCUGCCACGGCUGCGGCUGCUACAGCCGCCGCAGCUGUGAGUGACACGUCAGCAGCUGCCGCGGCAGCAGGGCCUGCGCCGGGUCGGGAAGACGCCGGGGCAGCCGCAGGGGCGCCGAGGAGCGGCCAUGGGGGCACCAUCAGCGGCCUACAGCGCCAGCAGCAGCAGGAGGGAGAGCAGGAGGAGCAGGGGAUGGAAGGGGAGGAGGAGGAGGAGGAGGAGGAGGAGGAGGAAGAGGAGGAGGAGCAGGGCACGGCAGCGGCGACGGCGGCGGGUGGCGAGGACAUCCCGGACAGCGCAGCGGCGGACGAGGCGGCUGUGUUUGAUGCGGUGUUGAGACACCUGAUGGAUACACUCAGAGCGCUGGGCGUCAGCCUGUCGGGCCCCGGAGGAGGCGGCGGCGGCGGCGGCGGUGGCGGCGGGCGCAGGGGCGGCGCGGCGGGCGGGGAUGGGGAUGGGGAUGGCGAGGAAGGCGACAGCCCGCUCUGGUCUGCGCCGUACGGUUACGGUUACGGCGAUCCGGUUACGCCGCCCUAUGCAAAGUACGCCGCUCAAGCCGACGGCGGCGGUGCCAGUGGCGGCGGUACUGCCAGUUCGCACAGCCGCCUUGCGUCGGCCUGGACCUCCGUGUCCGGCGGCGCGGCGGCGGCUGGUACGGUUGGUGCCGUGGCGGCUGGGCUGGCGGCGGCCGCCGCCGCCGCUAAGGCUGACGCUGCGAGCGCUGCUAUGGCUGCGGCUGAGGCUGCGGCUGGGGCUGCGACGGAGGCUGCGACGGAGGCUGGGGCCCACGGUGAUGGUGCGCGGCGGUUUGACUAGUCAGGUGAGAUGAGGACGGUUUUGGAGUGGGCAGUAAGGCGGCUGCAGCCCAUGCCGAAUGACCCAGGCUUCAAACCUGGUGAUGGACUCGAGAAGGGGCUUUGCGGCGCUUUGAGCUGCUAUAGCCGCGAGCAUUGGAUCGCACCACAAUGCACGCGUGUGUGAGAGCGCGCUGGCUUGGGAGAGCGAGAGUAAGACAGAGCAAGCCAUGCUGUUGACAUGUAUGGUACACUUGCCUCGGGUUCACUGGCCGUCUUAAGCAUACAUGCAUACCGUACUGAGGGGGGCUUGAUGUGGUGUGGCAUUAUGUAUGGUAUAAGUGCCCUCGGAGUCUCAUCAUCGGAAGCGUUUUUUCCUUACUGUUAGCCGUUCCGACGCCGCUGAAGGAGUCUUUACUACCGCAUUGGAAUGGGCCGGCGCCGGGGUGCCGGGGCGCUGUGUUCUCUUAACAGGUGUGUGUGGGCGUUGCGACGCCGCGGCCCUGUCUUGCGUCUUUCUGCCGCGGUGCCCCCUGCCCUGUGCUGGCACGCGCCAAGCGCACAUGCGGGCCUCGUGAGCAAAUCGUGAAGGGCUGCGCCGGAUAGUGUGAGCGCAUGAGCCGCUGGAGUCAUUGCUGGUAUGCGGUGUGUUGGAAUGAUGGAAUUUCAGAAUUACGGAAUGAUGCGCAAACACCACGCCAUGUAUGCUGCUACAAUAAAUUGGAUGGAAUCAGUGGCACGUAAUUGAUGGGCUGCUGUACAUGCUAAGUACACGGCACGGUAACGUGUUUUGCAUGCCGGCCGGGAGCCCCUGCUCCCCGCUUUUGGCAUCGGCAAAAUGCGUUUGGCACCAGUGGCCGAUGACGGCACCAUGCUGUAUGCGAAGGCGGGUGUUGGUAGACGGGACAAGACACGUCGACUGCGCCCGUAAGGGACUCACGAGCCCGCUGCACAGAGGUUGCAGGGCUGGAGGUGUGGCAAAGAGGUGCGCAUGGCCUGUGUGUGACGGUGUGCGCGUGUUGCCUGGCGUUGCCUGCGUGCCGUCGUGCGUGCUGGGCGGGUGGAUGGGGCACAAACCUGCUGGCUACCUAAGCGUUGAUGAUGUGUUACAGGAUUGGAAGGUGCUGAAGGGGCCCAGGCCUGGCUGGGUACGGCGUACGGUUAUGCAUGUGUGCAAAAUAAUGUCAUUUAUAUAUACCGAGGGCAAUAAUAAGCAUACGAGCAGUAAAGGCGAAGCGCAACCUCCCUUGCCCCCGGGCCGGAGUGCAACGCGUGCUGCCAUACGGCACAGUCGUGCAAGAGCCCUCUUGAAGCGAGGACUUCCGGAGUGGUCGGUUAGAUAGGCUCGGCUUUUGGAGGAUUUCACAUCAACUUACUCCGAGGUGUCAUACUGCUGAAUUCUACUGAAUGGCAUGCGUAAAUGGCGGCGGAUUGAUGUGGGAACGUGGGGGUGACGACCGGCUAUCACACAAGCAAGCCGACAAGCACCGCAUUUUACAGAUUGGUGCCCGCUACUUGAUAUUUAUACUUACCGGUUCUCACCGUACGGCAGAAUGGCACCGUACGGCACACCGCAUGAUGGUGGCGGCGGCGAUGGUUUGUAUCCAAUGCUACGGUCUUGGGUUUGCAUGCAAGCCGCGGCAUGAGCGUCACGUGCUGGCUUGGUGGGGCGAGGCCUGCUGCUGCGUGGGGCGGGCUGGGUGGGUUGCUGGACCGAGAGAUUUACGUGUGGGACCGCCGUAUAGCUGUUUACCACUGAAGAUGGAGGUGGCGGUGGAGGGAGCAGGCAUGCACGCCCACUCCCCUUGUUCUUUUCUAACACAUGCACACACUUUCCCCUGUUGGUAAUUUUUGGGGCAAAUGCGACGAAUGCACAAUUUUUUGGGGGGCGAUGUGACAAAAGCAGCGAACGGUGUGGCGGACAUGCUGUGAAAGUGAAGAUUGCGUUGGAGCCAGCUGUGGCUGUGGUAAUGUGCGGGUUGGGGGGUGUGACGUUGCCUCGUGGCCGCGUGGCCGGGCGCGUGUGUGUUAAAGAGCACAAGGAAAAACAUUACGCGCAGGGCAGUGUAUGCGCGCGCGUGUGUAUAUGUGUGUGUGUGCCGUACGUGUGUGUGUGUGUGUGUGUGUGUGUGUGUGUGUGUGUGUGUGUGUGUGUGUGUGUGUGUGUGUGUGUGUGUGUGUGUGUGUGUGUGUCGUGUCAAUACUGUCAGACUACC